GUUUUAAAAGAAAUCUGUCGUGCCGAUGACCACGCUAACCCGGAAGUAGCGCGGCAGUCCUAAGCAACGAUAGCACGUCUCAAUGGCUUCAGGCACCUGACGCCAUAGGAAAAGCUAUGGCGUGGCGUCAGGUGGGCGAGAAGCUGCGCUGCCGAACCAAAAAUCGGGAUUCAAAAAAUGUUCCCCGACAAACGCCAUCGAUGGCACAGAGGAUGACAUGCUGUGGGAGCAAAAUAGGAUCACUGUUCAUGAGGCACCAGAACUGGAGCAAGUCACCAAAGGUGUGAUUGUGAGUGCAAAAGGUCGUCCGUUUCCAUGUGCCCUGUGAUCGCCUUGCAACCAGUUCAGGGUGUGCCCUGCCUCCCACGUCACUUGUGAGGAUAAGCGGUUCAGAAAACAGAGAGCACGCCUGCCUACAAGUGAACUGAGAGCAAAUUGGCACUCCGAGGAGAAGUUUGAAGGAGAGGGGCUAAUGACCUUCUGGUAUAAGUGUGUGACUGCUGGUUACCGGCCUGGGGCUAAGUGGACUUCUUGCUCCAGCAAUGAGGACACAGCAUGUGUGAAAGUGGCUCACGACUUAUCCGUUUAAUAAGGCAGUUGUGACUGGGCUAAGUGCAGUAAGGAACGAGCAUCAAUUCUAUGGCUUGUCAAGAAAGCCGUGUCCUCGCCCAUGCUCCUGUUGCCGAGUGAAAACCAGCCAUGCUCGCUCAGCCCUCGAAUGGAGCAGCCCAGUGCGCCCCUGUCCCCCCCUGCCCGUGUCAAACAUUUGGUACAUCCCAGUGGUGCCUCUGUCGCUGGCUUGACACUGACUCAGUAGUAUCUCAGCAGUCAGUCAGCCGCAUGAGCAAAGAGGUCCUCAGUGAGCAUCUUUAUCCCAGCCUCCUGCUUGUUUCGCAUCUGUUAUGACCCUGUUCAGCCCAAGAUACACGAGCAUGAGUGGAGACCUCAAGUCAAGUCGCUCCAGGGCAGCAAGUAAAAGGGCCAGCAACACCACUUAUGGCACCGAGCUGGACCUGGAUGACAGCUAUGAGGACUACUAUGACAGGGUGUACGACUACCAACGUGUCCCAGCCUCCCUGUCUCCCCUCCCUUCCAAGGGCCCAAGUCUGCCCAAACGAUCCCGUUCAUCUUCUUACUCCUCCAAGCACAGAGGUAGUCGAGACAAAACCCACUCCAAAAGCUCCAGAGUCCACUCUGCGAGUUCCACCACAGCCAAGUUGGACAUGGAGGAGUUGCAGGUGAUUAAAAAGGAGCUGACUCUGAUAAAGACGCAGAUCGAUGGGCUGCUUGACAGUCUUGACAGGAUGGACACACACACGAGCGACCAUAAAGGGUCCCCUUUGAGGGAGGAUAGUCCGGCUUGCUCGCUGUACGCCAGCAGUCCAGAGCACUCCCUUUCUUCCCUCUCUCCACCCAGCUCCCAACAUCGACUCCACGGGGAGACCUCCGUACCAAGAGGGCCCAAUGAUGACCACCGCAUGAUGAACAAUCACAGCUUGGACCCUGAAGAUGAAAUAUGAAGCUUGAAGAAAAAGUGCAGAAGACAAGAAUGAAGCGACAAAAGUUGUGGAAGAGAACAGCAAAUAAUGAAGCCAAUAUCUUUAUUCGAAGCUCCACCGGGAGUGCACAUAUCAAACAACACUGUACAUUUGACUGGUUGCUGCAGCUGUAUCUGCAUUUUAGUGGGGAAAAACAAUGAAACAAUGAAAAUACACACCAAGUACUCAUACAUGCAAAUGAGAUGUCCUAGGGUGGACUGAGCAGGAAGGGGUUAAAUCUUAUUAUUUCCAGAGUAGUUGUGAAGGACAGCUGGAGGCAGAAUCCUGUGUCUGUAUGCAUUCCUAUUGUGCUGUACCAGUAAAUUUGCAUGAACACAAAAGCUCCAGCAAUAAUCCAAAUACAGUAUUGCGGUGUUAAUCCAAAUGAGGAAUUGGGGUCCCCUGGUGAGAACAUAAAAGAAUCGGGUACUAAUUUCUGUUUAUCACAAUCGUUUAAGCCUUCUUCUGACUGAAAUUGAAAAUGUCAGACGAGAUUGUACGCGGCAAUUUACAUAUGUUUUGCUCGAAGGACAAGAAUGUUUCUGCUGCCUCGUUGGUUUUACUUGAGCAAGGACAGUAAAAAAAAAAAAAAAAGGUUCAAAAGGGUCCUUAGUUUAGACUUUAACAGUCCACUUAACAGAAUGAGGUAUACUGAAUAAGCACAUGCUGUUAAAACAAUGUGUACGCCUCAUACGCAGUAAACCUUAGUAUUUUCAGAAUGCAGUAUAAAUGUACUGUUUACAUGGAAAUAAAUGAUCUGUCACUCGACUCACACGCCGUGCGUUUGAUCAGUCCUUACAAUACGAGUAAAAUCUCACGGCUCUCAUUCAAAUUCUGUUCGAUUCCGUUAUUCUGUAUGUACGUGUGUGCCAUUUUGAAGUCAUUUCAGUACUUUCGAACACUUAGACAAACGAUGCAACUCUCUUCCACCACGAGUAUGACACAGAGAUGCGUCAAAGUGCUGUGACCCAGGUCAGUGUGUAAUAUUGUGCAUUACUGUAAACUUAAAUGUAAGUGUUCCGUUGUCUGUUUUCACUUUUGCUUUAGUAUUUUGUACAAAAAAUAUACCUGUAUACAAAAACAAUAAUGUUAUCAAUUUCAUGGUGUUCCAUGUUUUGUUGCCAUUCAUGAGAUGAACCAAGUGGAAAAUACUCAUUGUCACUAGUAAAGGUAUUUUCAUAAUGAUUACACAAGUGGACGGGAGUGUGUUUUUAUUUCCUAGGUGAGGGACAAGUGACGGCAGGAAUUAAAUAUCAAGAGAUAAAUAUUGGGAAAUCGGUGAUUGGCUGCCAAGGGUGACUUUCAACUUUCCAAUUCA